GUGCGUGCGUGCGUGCGUGCGUGCGUGCGUGCGUGCGUGCGUGUGUGUGUGUCCAGAAUCCAACAGAUUCAUUGGACUAGAAGCUGAGCAGGAGUAUAGGUGAGAUGUCCUGUUUGUGCUGAGAGAACAACAAUGUCAGGGUGAUGCCAGCCUUAGGAUGGAGGAGGUAGGAUGGUUCAUUAAUGAAAAGAAAAACCUGCAAAAAUGGCUCACUGUAGGCCAAGGCCAAGUUUAAAAAGGCAGUGGGUUGUUUUAGUUUCCAGAGAGUUGGCUGCAGUGAACUGAAUUUUCCUUCCAUCUUGUGGGUGUAAGGGAUUUAGCUUGAAGUUGUUGACGCUGACAUUGAAUACUGACACUAGUAUCAGCUCCGUCAGAGUCUGUCAGCUUUGUGUCACAGUUCACGUUCACUCGUGAAGUGCUUCUUUACAGGGAAAGGUCGUCAGUCUUCCUCUGAGGUGAAGAUAAAUGUGUGUUUCUGUGAUUGUGUGUUGAUUUUAGACCAUUUUCAACUGCUCAACCGCUGUGUUAUCUAAUCUCGGCAGCCCUAAGGAUUAUUAUAAUUUCUAGGAUGAAGUGAAUUUACAGCCACAGACCCCAACAGUGUGAGUUAUGCUGCAGCAUCCAUUGACUCAGACACAACCAUUUUCCUGCAGCUACCGAACAGACGUACUAAAAUUAGUUCUACUGCUCUUACACAGGAGCAGUGACAUGAUGGUGUCCAGACUUAUAGUCUGCAGAUUUGAGCCAAAGAGACCUAACAAACCUGCAAAACUGCCUUAUAUAAUAAUGUGGAUCUUCACACACAAUGUGCUAGACUAGAAACUGUGCUAAAGCAGGAGAGGGAGAGUCUUGGCUGCUUUCAGCCAUUUCAUCUUACAGAUCAUAACAGUAAUAUUACAAAUUUAUGAGACAUGGGUCAUUCUUUGCUGUCUGUCUGAGUGGCUUCCACCUGCUCCGCUGUUCAGACAUACAGUACACAACUGGCUGAGACAGAGACUCUUCCUGCCCCCGUCUGGGUCCAGGCACUUUAUGGCACUUUAUUUUCAGGGCGGAGCUCCUUGGUCACACACCCUUUACUGUAAAGUCCCAGCUUCACCCACAGCCCUGUUCAGGCAGCAGCCCCUCACUCCUCUGAUGCUUCUGUCACAUUCCUCACCUCGACCACAGUUCUUGCCUCCUGGCCCCCAGACAACAUAGGAGGGAGGACGGGCUCAAGGUGAAGUUCAAUGGCAAAUGGAGGUAAACGUUUGAUGCCUUCAUAGUAGCAGGAGGUUAAUUCUAUUAAAUAUAUGGAUUUAAAAACCAAAUGGCUCAUUUAUGAGAAUAUCUGGAUUCAACUAACUGUAAAUACUAGCAGAUUAAAAUUUAUGAGCAAAACUGAGCAAAAACAAAAAGCAGAAGUCGUUUUCCAAUUCCACAGCUUUAAAGCAUGAAUGCACAUCUUCCCUGACCUGUACUGCAACAGUCUGCACCACAAGGGGGUUAAACUGAGGAUGCAGCACAGGAGACAGAUGUAACUACACGUGCAGUACGCCUUAGCUUCACUACAUGGGAUAUGAGUGGACAGCCCCACUGCCAGCGGCCCCAUUCCUCCAGGGGGGUGUGUUUUGUUCACAGUCAGCUCCUCUGGGAGUGUUUCAACGAGGCUCACUAACGCACCACAUUAUACUAACAUUACAGUCGGAGGAGUCCGGGAGCCCAGUUUAUCAGAGGCCAUGCAGGCUCCUGUUGUAGUGCUGCUGCUCCUGAGCUGCGAGGUUGGAGCUGAGAUGACCAUUCAGCCCACGACCAGAGCAUCACCUACAGGAGAAAAGCCCGACCUUUUUGUGACGACACCAAGGCCAGAGCCACCGUUUCCUCUAAAGUCACAUCCGGCAACACACAAAGAAGAUGGAGACGCCUCGCCUGCAGUAGCAGCCCACAGCAACAUGGGCGCCACAGGCCGAAGGGUUCAGGGGAGCAUUGUCGACACACCGGAUACCUCUAUGAAUAGGAAUGAGCUGUUGUCUAACUCACAGUCUGAUAUAUUAGAAACAGAAACACAAACAUGGAGCACAGAGAGCAGUGUGACAAAAAGAAUUUAUUCUGUCAGCACACCGCACCCUGAACAAGCUCACACACUGGACGGUUCAGCCACGGAAGGCAUCAACAAAAGGGAAAUGACUUCCCUGAGAAAUACCGAAACAGUCAUUUCUAGACCUAACACUCAACCCGAGAAUCAACGUUUCACUUUUGAAUCAGCAGGUCUUCUAGUUUCCUCUAAAAGGCCGCACGGCUCUGAGUUUGCGAGCAGCUCUACAGGUAUUUCCAGUAGCAAAUCAGGAUCUGUGGCCUCCAGCAUGUCUCGUUCAUCUGAACAGGAAGUAGAGGCAGCAAAACAGCUUCUGGUUACUCCUGUAGGUUCAGUUCAAGUCCUUAAAGGAGCAGGAGGAGAAGCUGAAUCACUAAAGCAGGCCUCACCUGAAUCAAGCCCAACACCAAAUCCAGCUGCUAUAAUUAGCACCCUACAAAGUGGAGAAGCAUUAGGGAGCCGAGCUGCAGCCGGCGACACAGCCCAAAAAGAGGAGGUGGAAGCUGCUCCAGUUAACACAGAGAGAACACCACUACCCGAGAAGGAGAGUGAGCGCGAGGUGGCGAUAAAUCUAAGGGUGGAGAUGGAAGAGGGCAGCGAUGAUGAAGCUGAGGCCGGUCAGACACAUGCAUACACAGUCCCACGCCACAGGGCACAGCUAAAACCUGGGCCUAGAGGUCCGAGGGGACUGCCGGGUCCACCUGGUCUACCAGGACCACCCGGACCUCAAGGAGACAAAGGCUAUCAAGGCAUUAUGGGCCGGACUGGACGCACAGGAUACAGCGGCCCAGUUGGUCCUGCUGGGAUGCCUGCCAUAAUCGUAUUUAAAACCUCUGAAGAAGAAUGGGAGGCUUUUAAGAAAAAGAAAUUCUACAAAAAGUUGGUGUCUUCAUGGCCAAAACUUAAAGGGCCUCCAGGACCCCUCGGGCCUUUGGGACCUGAUGGACCCAUUGGGUUGCCUGGAUUUCCUGGAAAGCAAGGAAAAAGGGGAGUUAAAGGGAAAAUUGGCAACCCUGGACCACCAGGUAUGCCUGGUCCUGAGGGCCGACCAGGAAAAGAUGGAACCCCAGGAAAAGAUGCUGAGCCAGGUCCACCAGGUUCACGUGGAGAGCAGGGUCCCAGAGGCUACAGAGGAGAAAAAGGCAGCAAAGGGGAUCUGGGUGAGUUGGGUUAUCAGGGAGAAGCCGGACCACAGGGAAACAGAGGACAAAUGGGACACAAGGGAAAUAAAGGCACCAGAGGCUUUACUGGGAUCCCUGGCUAUAGAGGAAUGCCUGGACCAAGGGGACCCCUCGGGUUCCCAGGGCCAUCGGGACCUUUGGGAGACAUCGGUGCUCCAGGCUUUAGUGGGCCACCAGGCCCAGGUGGAAAACUAGGCCCCACAGGAGUAAAAGGUGCAGUAGGAGUUAAGGGACCACCAGGCCAUCAAGGUGAACUGGGUGCCAGAGGACCAGCUGGACCUCAGGGAGAAACUGGAUCUGGUGGAACAACUGGAUUUCCUGGUGUCCGGGGUCCCCAGGGCAACCCAGGACCAGAUGGACCUCCAGGUCAUAAAGGCGACACUGGUGAUGCAGGAGAUGAAGGAGAAAUAGGAGAACCUGGUCCUCCUGGACUUUUUGGGCCCAAUGGGAAUCCAGGAAAGCCUGGAACCUUAGGUGAUCCCGGGGACAAAGCUAGACGUGGCGACAAAGGUGACACAGGUUUUAAGGGUGACCUGGGACCUCCAGGGCCCUCAGGUAAAUGGGGCCAUAAGGGGCAACGAGGCCCAUCAGGUCUUGAGGGACUUCAAGGAUCGGUGGGGCCACCUGGGCUUCCUGGACCUACUGGGUUUGAUGGUGUCAUGGGGGAGGAAGGAAAACAGGGAAAAGAUGGAGUGAAGGGAGAUCGGGGGCCAACUGGUAUCCAAGGAGUCCCAGGGCUUAGAGGUGAUAAGGGUAGAGAAGGCCGGGCAGGAUUUUCUGGAUUUCCAGGUUCUAUAGGGGAAAUUGGAAAAUCUGGAGACAUGGGACUUGACGGAGAACCUGGUAUUAAGGGAAUGAUAGGAGUCCCAGGAGCUCCUGGACCUAAAGGCCCAAAGGGAUUCCCAGGUCAUUUGGGGAACAGGGGACAGGAUGGAUCCCCUGGGAUCCUGGGACCUACUGGUGGAAAUGGGGUGAAUGGGGACAGUGGACCCCCAGGACCUAAAGGUUUACCUGGAAAAGUAGGAGCUCCUGGCCUCCAAGGACCUGUAGGAAAGAGUGGAGAAACCGGCAGCAGGGGGAUGACAGGAUCACCAGGAAAACCAGGAGUGAGAGGGGUUCAAGGUAAAGAAGGUCCCAGUGGUCUUCCAGGAAGUGAAGGACUUAAGGGUAAGAGAGGAGAAGAAGGGCCGAAGGGAAAACCAGGUCCCUCAGGGGAGAUGGGCCUGUCUGGGCCUCGUGGAUACAGAGGACCUCCUGGUAUCAACGGUAACAUUGGACCUUGGGGAGAGAUUGGACCCCGUGGCCCUGCAGGUGACAAGGGUCUGCAAGGUCCGACUGGACCUCGUGGAGUCAUAGGCUACCCUGGUGCGGAUGGAAGUCAAGGUCUCACUGGAGCAGCUGGUAUCAAAGGAGAGAAGGGAUCAACAGGGGUUUUGGGGCAGGAGGGAAUUGCUGGCUUCGAUGGUGAGGAGGGUUCAGUUGGACAGAGGGGGUCUGAGGGUUCAGGUGGACAAAACGGCACAUUUGGUGAUAAGGGAAAUACUGGACCUACUGGACAGAAAGGACCAAAAGGAGCUGAAGGCGAAAGAGGAAACCAAGGGCUGCAAGGAGCAAAGGGGCCGCCAGGGAAGCAGGGAUACAGGGGUCCACCAGGAAACAGAGGACAACAGGGGGUUGCAGGUCUUAAGGGUGAGUCAGGCCUUAGAGGCCCGUUGGGUUUCACUGGACCAUUUGGAGCAGGAGGCAACACCGGAGCAGAAGGAGGCAAAGGCCAGAAGGGUUUUCAAGGACAAGCUGGCCCCCCUGGUAGUAUGGGCCCUUCUGGACAAACUGGCCCAUCAACAGCAGGUUUGUCAGGCAAAACAGGAGUUGAUGGUAAAGCUGGAAAUCCUGGAGCAAAGGGCAGUCGAGGUGAGAAGGGCAAGUCUGGUCUUCCUGGCGUCAAAGGAGACAUGGGCACAAGAGGUCUAAAUGGUUUAGUAGGAGAAACUGGAACACGAGGCUUAUUGGGCACAGUAGGGAAGAAAGGCUUCAUUGGUUCUACAGGUGCUAAAGGUAAACCUGGACCUGCAGGUCCUCCUGGGCUUCCUGGAACUAAAGGAAUCAAGGGGCCAAAGGGAAAUAGGGCAAAACCUGGAAUGAAGGGGAGCAAAGGAGCCCCUGGACAAAAUGGAGCUGAAGGUCCUCCCGGACAACCAGGACCUGCUGGGAGACCUGGAAAAGCUGGCCUGAAUGGUUUGGACGGGUUGCUGGGAGUUCAGGGUAAUGAAGGGGAUCCGGGUGACAGGGGUGUCGGAGGGGCCCCUGGAACAACUGGCAAGGCUGGUAAGAUGGGAGAACCGGGGCCUCAGGGGAUCAGGGGAAAUGCUGGAGCACAAGGAGUAAAGGGUAAAGCUGGACUGGAAGGCGCACAGGGACCUCCUGGACCGAUUGGGCCACAGGGUCUUCCAGGACUGAGAGGAGAGAAGGGUGAAUCUGGAAGCCUUGGAACAAAGGGUCUCCUGGGGGAUAUGGGUGUACUGGGACCCGUUGGUCCACCAGGGCUAAAGGGAAAUCCUGGUUUGCAGGGACUGAAAGGCCAAAUAGGCCCUAAAGGGAAACAGGGGGACACUGGUCCUCAUGGCCCAUCUGGGAGAAAAGGCUUGUUCGGGCACACUGGUGAACGAGGGAUAAAGGGAAUGAAAGGCCUCCCAGGCCCUGGAGGACCAAAGGGAGUAAAGGGACAGCGUGGACCUCCAGGAAAAUCAGGUGCGGAGGGUAAAUUCAGACCCAUAAGGAAACAAAAAUCAAAACCAGGUGGAGAGACUGAGCCGAAGUCUGAAACCGGAGCCAAAACAGAAUCUAAACUGAAUGAUGUGCCAAGGUUCAGAAAAACAACCAAGCUCCAAAAGCAAACUCUUUGUCUGCAGAAGCACAGGACAAUGUCAAAGAGAUGGUCUCAAGAAGAAGAGGCAGUGGAAUCCAUCAUUUGGCCACAAGGAACCAAGGAUGAUCCUGCCACCACCUGCUAUGAGCUGGGACUAAUACACCCACAUCUGAAUGAUGGAUACUUUUACAUGGACCCAAACCAAGGCUGCUCCUGCGAUGCUCUGAAGGUGUUCUGCAACUUCACAGCAGGAGGGACGACAUGCAUUUACCCUUUAACAUCACAGGUCACGUUUCGAUGGGAACCAGAAAAGCAGGUAUCAGGAAGUUCUGUCCAGUGGGUUAGUGAGCAACAGGGUGGAAACAAGUUUGAGUACGCCGGCGUGAAUGUCGUCCAGCUGAGGUUUCUGCGGUUACACAGCCACUCGUCUUUCCAGCACAUGACUCUCAGCUGUGCAGCAAAUCGGUGCAGUACAGCUAAUUCAGCCAACGGGAUUAUCCACGUCCUGGGAGACUGUGGCAAAGAGAUUGAUUCACGAUUUAUGACAGUGCAAAGAAAUAACUAUGAGGUGGAGGUGGUCGUCAGGGUUUGGGGCAACACGGAGCUGCAUCGUGGUGACACGGACUUACUUCCUGUCAGAGACCUGGGAGCAGACAUGAAGGGACUUGGUCCUCAGAUUCCAGAGAUCACUGCUGUUCUGGGACCCCUCUGCUUCUUGUGAGUGGAAGUGUGUGCACUUUCACUUAGGCUCAGCAUUAUGUGCUGCCUCGCAGUUUACAUUAAAGAUUUAGCCAGUGUUUACUUACGGUCCUAUGGUUUUGUAUUUUUAUUUAUUAUAUAAGUUUAUAUAAGACUAAAUAAACUGCUAAUAAGUGAUUGUUUAGUAUGAAAUGUCCUUUUUUGUAUUUUAAAUGCAUCCUGCAAUGCUAUCAAAAUAAAAUAAUUUGAAACAUG